AUGGCUAAUGGACAAAGAUCUCAGGGGAUUAUGCAUGGCUUGUUGAGUGGCCUCAACUAUCUUCAUGUUUCCAAGAUCAUUCAUCGUGAUUUUUGUCCAACUAAUGUGCUGGUAAAGAAAAAUAUGGAUGAGUUCGGUUCGGCGUCGAUAUACACCGUCAAGAUUGCUGAUUUUAGUUUGUCACGAUAUACAGGAGCAGAGAAAGAAGGUUAUACUCAUACGGUUGCACUCCAGUACUAUUUAUGUUUGUCUGGUUUCCCCUUCUUUUCUUUGCUUACACCUGUUAUCCUUGGGCUAUUGUCCUCCUAUAAUAUACUUGUAAUUUUCGCCUGGCUUUGUUUGAUUCUAAUAAUAGUGAGAGAACUUGCUGCUGAAUGGGUUCUCGGUGUGCCAAAUGACCAAAUUUGCCCUGGUUUGUUAGCUUUGCACCAGCUUUUCGUUUACAAGCUAAUGAACGUCUCAAGGAAAUAG